UCGGAUGUAUUUCGUCAUUUGUAGUUGCCUGAAAGGAUGGGCAGCCAUCGAUGCAAUCUGGAAGGAAAAGAAUAAGCAUGAAUCGGCUCUCGGGCUGGUUAAGUUGCUAGCCAAACAAGAUUUUUCGUGGAAAUAUAGUUACAAAGCAGAAGAAGACAGCAGCAUUUCUUUAGGACUAGGCAAAGGAAGCGAGAAGGGGCCUCAAAAUUCUAAAGAAGGAAGCAAAGCAACAACGUCAGAGAAGUCAGAAACAUUACUUGAAAUUCCACUACUCUUGGCAGCUCGUGAAGGGAUAGAAGAGAUUAUUAAUGAGAUACUCAAUGAAUAUCGUCAGGCAGUUGAUCAUGUUAGUAAUAAUGGACACAACAUACUACAUCUUGCAAUAUUGCACCGUCAAGAUAAAAUAUUUGAACGCCUAAAGAAAAUGGAAAUGUCAGUGCAAAAAUUGGCUUCAAAGAUUGACAAUAAUGGCAACACCAUAUUACACCAAGUUGCAGAAAGAAAACAUUACGAAGGAGGAAAGCGCCCUGGUCCUGCAUUCCAAUUUCAGGAGGAGUUGAUGUGGUACCAGAAUGUACAAAAAUUGAUGCCUCGGCAUUAUGUCAUGCACCGGAACAAGGACAAAAUAACUGCAGAAGACCUCUUCAAAGAUAACCACAAGGAUCAACAUAAGGAAGCAAAAGAUUGGAUAGAAGAAACCUCGGAGUCAUGCUCUACGGUUGCGGUUCUGGUGGCCACUGUCAUCUUUGCGGCAACCUACACCGUGCCUGGCGGUUCUAAUGAACAGGGUCUUCCCAAUUUCCUCCACUCUCCUCUCUUUCUGCUUUUCACUGUCAUGGACGUGGUGGCCUUAGCCAGCUCCUUGACCUCGGUUGUGAUGUUCCUCUCUAUUCUCACAUCACCAAUUGAGCAAGAAGAUUACCUUUACUCUGUUCCGAGAAAGCUGACCUUUGGAUUUACAUUGCUCUUCAUAUCGGUUAUCAGUACCAUGAUAACUUUCACGGCUUCCCUUUUGCUUAUCAUUCGUUUGAAGAAGCGGUUGACUUCAGUGCUCAUUUACACAGCUGCAUUUAUUCCGAUCGCAGUAUUUGCAAUCUUGCAGUGUCCGUUGUAUGUUGUGUUUCUUGGUAUUAUGCAGGACUUUUUCAAGGAAUUUCAGAGGGCUCUUCCUGGGAAGAGGAAGAAGACAUAUUGAUAUUUUAUUCUCUGGCUUUAUGU